AUGGCCGGCUUUCAAUCGGAAAAUACGCCGUCUGCUCAGCCUCCUCCGGAACUCGACGCGAACCCUAAUCCGACAACUUCUGUUCGAAACAGUAGAGAUGAAGCGUGUGCCGAUAUGGAUACGGAGAAUUUUCCGAGUUCCAACGGCUUUUCCGCCGGAAAAUUGUCUAAUGUGAGAGUUGAGACCCUUAGAAUCUCUGGAAAUAACAGCUUUAGACGGUCCCCGAGACUGGUUAACAAUGCUAAAGCGGAGAGCGCCGCGAAGGAGGUGAACUCCGCCAAAUUGAAUGGUUUCGUGGAGAAAUCUCCUCCGUCGAAGAAGCACAAGAGUGAGAAAAAGGUUUCGUUCUUCAUUGGAGAUCCAGUUCCAGAGGACGAAGCUCGGAGACGUUGGCCCUGGCGGAUUGAAGAUGAUGAUGGUGAUGAGGAGCUUGUUUUGGACAUAAAAUGCCACUAUUCUCAAGCUGAAAUAUUGAAGACCGUAUUCUAUCUUGGUGAUUGUGCGUAUGUCAAAGGUCCAAAAGGAGGCUCUGAUUAUGUUGGCAAAAUUAUAGAGUUUUUCGAGACUAUUGAUGGUGAAGACUAUUUUAGGGUUCAGUGGUUUUUCAGAGCUGAAGAUACGGUAAUAAAGGACGACGGGAUAUCUCAUGACAAGAAGCGAUUAUUCUAUUCUACUUUAAUGAAUGAUAACUUAUUGGACUGCAUUGUUUCAAAAGUUGAAGUUGUUCAAAUACCUUCAAACGUUAAUUUGAAAGCACAACCCAUCCCUCCCUGUGACUUCUACUUUGAUAUGCAAUACUCUGUGGAUUACUCGACAUUUAGUACCAUUGUUAAAGAUACUAGUAGUUUGUCUCCUCUUCCUUAUCCGCUAACGACAUUGACCAAAAAUGAAGAUGGAACCUGUAAAAAUAUCCACCAAUGCACUACAGAUGAAACAAACAGUAACAAAUUAUGUAACCCUGAGCUAGCAUUACUGGACUUGUACUCUGGUUGUGGUGGAAUGUCCACAGGGUUGUGCAUUGGCUGUAAAGCCAGCGGUAUAAAUCUUGUGACGAGAUGGGCUGUUGAUCUCGAUGAAGCAGCAUGUCAGAGCUUGAAGCUAAACCACCCUGAGACACAUAUUAGAUGUGGAUAUGCAGAGGAUUUCCUUCAUUUGCUGAAGGAAUGGGACUCACUGUGUAAAACGUAUGGCUGCCACGAAGAGAAAGAACUCAGGUGUAGGAUUAACAGAGAUGCCGGUGAAGACAAAGAAACAAAAGAAAAUCACAAAAGAUCUUCUGAAUACGCUGUGGAAAAGCUAGUAGACAUCUGCUAUGGCGAUCCAACUGGUAACAGCAAAAGGGGGCUUAAGUUUAAGGUGCGUUGGGAAGGAUAUGGCCCAAGUGAUGAUACAUGGGAGCCAAUUGGUGGCUUGAGCAAAUGCCAUGAGCGGAUACAGGACUUUGUGCUGAAAGGAAUGAAAGCAAGGAUACUGCCGCGACCAGGAGAUGUUGCUGUGAUUUGUGGUGGUCCUCCUUGCCAAGGAAUUAGUGGUUACAACCGGUUCAGAAAUGCUGACUCUCCUCUUGAUGAUGAAAGAAAUCGACAAAUUGUAAUUUUCAUGGAUAUUAUCGACUUCUUAAGGCCAAAGUUUGUCCUAAUGGAAAAUGUAAUUGAUAUCUUGAGGUUUGCUAACGGCUGUCUAGGAAGAUAUGCUAUAAGCCAAUUGCGUAAUGUUGUUGCUUACGAUGAAGGACAACAUCGGGACUUGGAAAAAAUUGUUGUUCUUGGUGAUGCUAUAUCUGAUCUUCCUCCUGGUGCCAAUUAUAGAGACCUACCAGGCAUUGUUAUUGGAUCGAACAAUGUGGUUACACGAGCAAGGGAUCCCGAGUUGAUGCCAUCUGGAAAGCACUGGGUGCCCGAUUAUGCCAUCAAUUUCCGCGGUGGAACUUCCAAAGCAGCAUUUGGACGGUUGUGGUGGGAUGAAACUGUGCCGACUGUCCUAUGUUAUCCGGAUCCCCGUUCGCGGGUCAGCAUCUUUCAGUUAGGUAGUUUUUCUUGCGCGCUGGACAUUCAGCUAAUCUUCAAGUACCGUCAAGUGGGGAAUGCAGUGGCUGUUUCAGUGGGACGUGCACUUGGGUACUCACUGGGUAUGGCGGUGCAGAAGCUGAGUGGGGAUGAACACCUCAUGACCCUCCCGCCAAAGUUCUCUCACUCUACAACUCUUGAGCUGCUAUCUUCUCUUGAGAAAUGA